AUGAGUCGUACGCCUCGAAAUGAGGAUAUUGCUCUAAUGGAUGUUAAUCCUCUGGAUAAUCGAAUCCCAACAACUGAUCAAGCCGUGCAAAGUCCACCAGAAGCAAAUUCUACCAACAGCUUUUUCUGCCGCUGUGGCUUGCCGCAGGUUUGUACUAAGACGCGUGAGAAUUGAUCACUACGCGGAACAGUUGCACAACGUGUCUUAUCACUAGAGCCCAUUCCGUCCCCUAUCGUCACGUUUUUUUAUUAACUUAUGAGCUUAAAAUCCCUCGCUUCGGGACGCGCAGCAUUCUUACGAAUACCGGAGUGGUCCCUAUAGGAACUGAGAGUGAAAACACUCCCUGUAAGAAAAAAAAAUUGCAACGCUAAACGUGCUGAAAUAUAAACCAAAGCUGUUUCACGGCUGACUUGAGCCAUUGAAAAAAGGGUCCUCACACCGUAAUGCAUAAGAGAGUGCGUGGCUCGUGGAGAGCCCAAACAGGCAACGCCUCCCUUAGCGUCCAAGCUAUAGUCAGUUCAGAUUUCUAAUGUCAAGCAGCUAACUCCGCCCCCAAGGCUACAAUAUCUUUCGCGUCAAUAUUUAUCUAGAGAUGAUCAUGAACCUUCAAUCGGGCUGCAUUUUUUGACUUCGUUUUCUAUCUUUCAGAUCAAAAAAGAACAAAAAUCGUCCCAAUAUUGACGCGAAUGAUAUUGUAGCCUUGGGGGUGAAGUUAGCUGCUUGACAUUUGAAAUCUGAACAGACUAUAGCCGUGAAUCAGCUAUAGGACUUUCCGAUGCUAGAGCAAGUAAAAUCUUGUGACAGAUCUUGUUAGCGUGCCAUAAGUUUUCAAGUCCCUGAAGCAACGCCUUUUUUCCAUAUUUUACGAACUUAAAGAGGUCAGAACUCGAAAAAAAAAAAGCCCUAUCGCGCAAAAGAGAAUUUUUCUGGGAUAAGGAUUUUCUCAAAAACACUAGUGUUUUUGAGAAAAUGCACUGUUACAAACAAAGUUUCAAUAAAGUUUUUAAACGGGACCUGAAAAAUUUUUUCAUAUGAAACAAACCUAGAAAGAUAAUAUUGAUCAGCCCCGCCUCGAACCUACUUCGUCUCAUUUCUCUCUUUCUUUUAAAAACCAGUUCAGUUCUUCAAAAACCGGAAAAAAAGACCUCGUCAAACAAUUCUUCUUUUCAGGUCGCCAUUUUGGUUCUUCUGAUCUUUUUGAUUGGUCUGAUUUUUGUUUAUCUGAUUUAUCCGGCUCGUCAGCCUACUUCGCUUCCUUUUUCGUCCUCUACUUCGCUUCCUGCGACGGAUCAAAGUACACACUCACACUCAGAAGACGACGAAUGGAUAGAAGAUGAGCCCUACAGACACAUUUGCAUCGAUUAUCAAUGGCACGAAAUCAACUACCAAUGCAAGAAGUUCUACAACUCCACGCCUCGCUGCGAUUUGACUGGUUCGUUUUCGAAUUUUUUUUUUCCGAAUUUAACGACUACUGUUCUAGCUGACGAGGACACGCUAUUGCUGAAGGAGCUCCAAGCAUGUUGCGAGGACGACGAAAACUGUUGGCCCCGAGAAAUGGACAAGUACUGCUGCCAUGAAAAACCGUGUGACCAUCAUAAAUGCAGAAACCCAGUGAGUUAUCUUUCUCAGAGUUUGAUCUUUAAAAGAAACUAUUCUAAAAACAACGAAGUUGUAUUCAUUGUAGAUGCCAGCGAAUGGAACCAGUCUUGUUGCCGGGGCGAUCCUGAAGAUACAGUUAAAGCACGAAGAGGAAAGAGAAGGAGAAGGGAUCUUCAGCAGAAAAAUCUUCACGCAAAAGCAGAAAAAACUGAUUAUCAAGUUGCACAAGGUUUUGAACACCAAGGACUUCACCCUGGUGCGCGAAAUCAUGGAUGACAGCACUUUGAUCAUCUACAACGACGAAGUUGUUCGAUCGCCGAGUUAGUUAUAAAUCUCCUUAUUCUUUUGGCGAACCAUUUUCACCCUUUUUAAAACAAAAUGCAAAAUUUUCAGUGAAGUUAACCGACUUUUUGGACUUGAGCACGGUGAAAGAAAAUAGAAUACACGUUAGUUUUCCGAAAAAGUUCCAAAAGAGUCGUGAAUUUUCAGUUUUUGAUCGAUGGCGUUGAAAAAUUAUCGCAACAAGAGCACGCGGCUGUCGAUUUCACAGGAUUCAUGUGCACUUACCUUCCUCUUUGCUCCGAGUUUCAAGUAACCUUCAAAUGGGUAAAGUUAUCGCACAAAUCAUCCCAAAUCAUCGACGAAUUCUGCAGAGUCCAAAGAGGAACGACUACUUCGUUAGCAAAUUUGAAAACAAAAAAACCGUCGUGAAGCCGAGUAUCGACGAUUACCCAUAUUGGGGCGGAGAGCGACAUAAGUCCCGUCGAGCCUGA